UGGAACGUUCCUGCCUCUCAGUCAUACACUGGGCAGGAAUAUCAGCGGAACAGCCUGGAUCUGCCAUGGCCUCCUGCUACGCUGAACCUUCAACACUCACUACCUGGAUAGGAGAUGAAGAUGAGGUAGAAAAAGAGUCAAGUGAUGAGUCUGAGGAGUCAGACUCUGAGCAAUCCUUUGUUCCUGUGGUACGAAGGAAGGUUUCUUUUGCAGAUGCCUUUGGCUUGGACUUGGUUUCUGUUAAAGAGUUUGACAACAGAAUUGAGAAUGCUGAAAGGAGAGAGGGAGAGUACUACCUUUCCUGCAUCUUCAGCGUCCCAAGUUCAGAUGAGGAACUGGAACUUCGGCUUCAGCAGGACAAGCUGGAGCUGGAGAGCAUUGAGCUCCUGCCUGGCUCCAGCACCAUCCGUGGCACUAUCCGUGUGCUUAAUCUUUCUUACCACAAGGUUGUUUACGUACGCACUACCAUGGAUGGCUGGCAGAACUACUUUGAUCAGGUAGCUGAGUAUGUUCCUGGAUCCAGCAAUGGAGUGACUGACCGUUUCUCCUUCCAACUCAACCUGAUGCCUCCCUUUCCACCUGAUGGGGCUCGGAUAGAGUUCUGCCUCCGCUAUGAGUCCUCCGCGGGAAUAUUCUGGGCAAACAAUGGAGGUAUGAACUAUGUACUGUUCUGCCAUCAAAGAGCAGGGAGAGCACUGAAAGAGAAGCAGGGAGGGAAAGAAAGAGAGGCUGAAGAAAACAAUCAAAAGGGGAAAAAGAGCUGCUUAAAAGCUAUCAAAAAGGGAACUUGUGCUGUGUUGAAGUCCAUGGACAUGAGCAUUGAACUCUCAGAACAAGAGUCUUGCAGGUCAAUAGAGAAUAAGAAAGGGACCACUCAGCACAAUGAACAAUGUCGAUCAGAAGAUACACUAGAGGAGAGCUGCAAAUCUUUGGCUGAAAGGCGGAACAGACGACGAGCAGCUCAGUUGGCCUACUUGCAAGACUAUUUCUCUCAUAGGAAGACAAACAUCCAACUAGGACAACCUUCACAUCAAGAAAAAUCAAUAAAAGCUGUAAAUGUGGAACUGCCCAUGCCACAGAAUGAUAUUCCAGUGAUGACAGGUACAUCUAGUUCACCUCAAGUAUGCAGCAGGAAAGAACACAAUGGCCAUAUGUUAUCUAUCCUACCUGACCAUCAGAUUCCUUUUCUCCCCUUGGACUGCGAUAGAAACAUCUCAUCUCCAUCUCUUUCUCAUUUAAACACUUCUGAGAUCAUCAGUGGAGCAAAGCGAGAUGUUCUUGAGAAAGAACCAACGGACUUGACAAAUGAUGCCUGGAAAGCUUUCCCUAAUGGCACAGAUAGUUUAGACAACCACAGCAAUGCUUUGGACCAAAAUAGCUUGCUUUGCAUUGUAGGAUUCAGUGGUUCUCAAACACCAAACACAAAGUUUGUUGCUUCCGAUACAGAGGACAAGAUAUUAUCAUUGUGGAACGCCCAGGAGUCUGCAAUGAGUAGUGGGAAUGGGUCACAUCAGUGCUUUAAUACAGUGGAAACUCAAGAGCCUGAUUCUGUUAAACAAGCUCAUGAGGAUAGGCACACAUUUAGUGAAAGACCUUAUAGUGAAAAUGAGCCUGUGCCAUUAACCAAACCAGGGGGGAUAGCCCAUGCUGACGAUGCCGAGUCCAAACCUGGAGAUCUAGUAUUGAAGGUGAAAGAGGACAUACACACAAUAGUUGAAGACACAUUGACAUUUCCCAGAAUCAGGCACAAACCUUUUACAGACAGCAGGGAGUUUUUAGACAGACAGCAUAUAGAUGAAAUCAGAAAACCAAAGAUAAAGAAAGAGCAUAUGAGGAAAGAAAAUGAGAAUGCAUCUCAAACCAAAAGAAUUUCUUGGAGUGAGUGUUUCGAGAAGGAUUUAUUGCUGCUAGAAAGCAGAUUACAGGAGGGUGAUGAGGAACUAUCCGAUCUAAAAGUAUUGGACAUAGAAAAAAGUGUGGUGUGUGAUGAAGGUAAACCUCAUAAACAGACUGAAUGUUUUGUUAGGGGAAAAGAGUGGUGUGAGGUAGGAAAAAAGUUAUUCUCUGACUCCAGUGAGAGGCAAGGAGAAGAAAUUUCUUCGGUAGAAAAUAAAGUUGAUAGAGAAUAUGAAAAUGGUUUUAUGACUGAGGGUGAGGGUAUAUGUGAAAGGCAGAGUGAGGGUGAUGACUAUAUAAACAAGGAACUACACAAACUUCAAAGUUCCCCUGAAGCCUGUCUAUGUACACCCAGUGUAUGUAUAACCAGCCACACCAGUAUUCUGUCAGUAUUUCAGGAAAACCCUUUUCCUGCCCAUCACAAAAGUAUUGAGGAUGAGGAGACUCUUAUGGAUAGUGUACCCCAGGACCUCCACGAUCCAGUGGGGACUCAGUUUGCGAGUGCAAUUACCAGGACGGCUUCUUACUCAGUGGGCAAAAUCUCUAGCUGGCUGCUGGUGUUCUGGGCCAAAAUGUCUAAUCUAAGCUACAUCACUGCGGCCUUCGUGUGCGCCAUCCUGUUCGUGAUCUUUGUAACUGCAUAUUUGCACGACCUCCCAGUUUGCCAGGUCAUUUACCUGUUGUCUGCAUGCUGGUGGUGUAGACAGGGCUUGACAAAGCACGUGACCACUGCCGACAGUGUGGACUGACGCCAGUAAGGGAAAUGUUUCACUUUAAGGGCCCAACAUCACAUGUACCAGAGCUGCAUUUCUUUCCUCUUAGGAUGCUGCUUUUCUAAAUGAAAUAAUUUGACGCUCAUUUCCGAAGGGCAGCUUCUUCCAUUUUGUGAAGAUGUUGUUAAACAUCACAUACUGUAUCAAUGCUCUAAUAUUUGAGACUUGAAGAUAAAACCAAGUCAAUGUAGCAUCUCUGUUUGUUCUGAUCAUACGCAUUUUUUCAGGCUAACCUACAUUGGAAAUAUUUAACAUUGAGUUCGAUUUCAAUGACGUUUAUUUGCAUCAAAAAAUGUAGUGCUGAUAUUCAGUGUGUGAAUUCAGUAGAUCUAGUAAAAGUUAACAACUAUACGUUUUUAACCGUAAACUAGCACUGAUGACCUGUACAAUCAAAAGCCAUUAAUAUGUAAUAUUUGACUUAAGGUAGCACGUUGGGCCAGAAAAUAGCAGAGCAUAAUCUAGAGGAUAUUUCUCUGGGCCAAUUAGUGAACUGACAACUGACCACUGUUUGUUUUAA